UCGGUGCACAUCCAAUCCAGAUAGUCUUGUCCAGUCUAGUGAAGUGCAAACAAAGAAAACAGAAAGAGGCAGCCAGGAAGUCGAGUCGCCACUCGCCAGCAAGAAUGUGCUUCGAGUUCAGCUCCUGUUUCGGCGGCGGCAGGACGGACGACUACGGCGGCGAGCGGUCCAGCCAUGGCGGCUGCGGCGGCCGUCGCCGCGGCCGCAGGGGGUACGGCGAGAACAGGAGCGGCUACAACGCCACCGCCGCCGACCACAAGCCGGACGCGGCCUACGACCACCAGCGGGCUCUUGAUGAGCAGGGGCACAAGGCCCACCAUGACGUCGCGGGGAAACCUGACCACGCCGCCGUGGUCGCCGGCGCCGGUGGCCACGGCUAUUACGCCGCCUACGCACCAGACAAGGCCCAUGACGCACCGAAGCUUCCUGCGUGGCACAACAAGGUUGUCGACGACGCCGGCUACGCCUACAACACGGCGCGCCUCCGCCAUCAGGCUGCUCCUGAUCAUAGGGAGCAUGCGCACGCCGCCAUGGAUUACCACCACUACCCAAGCACUACUACCACUCUUGUAAGGUACUAGGUACUACUGUAGUCGUUAGGAUUAGCUAGCAUGGCAGUUCAUCAAUCCCUCCCUCCACUUAAACACUGCCUCUGCUUCUGUUCUAUCAGGUAGCUCUGUUUUUCUCCUCUGUUUUUUGUUGCUCUUUGGAUUUUCAUCAGUCUUUUCAUCUGCUCAAACUGAAAAGGCACCUGGAAAAGUUUGUGAGAUUCAGCAGCCAGGGUGCUUGGAUUUUUAUCAGAGCCUCCAUGUUUUUGUCCAUGGAUGUGCGGCACAAGUUCCAGCUCCAGGAAGCUUUUGUCAGUCGGUCUCCGUACUUGCUUGCCUGUAAUUUUGCUUUGGCUGCUUUCUUCUUGUAGCAUAUAAUCAAGUGAAAGAAAACAUUUCUGAGA